AUGACGGAGGCACCAAGGAGUCUCGAUACUGCUCAGUACAUGGAAAAUUUAAAAGAAAAAGAAGAAUUAAAGAAGAAACUAGCUGAGAAGGAAAAGGAACUGGUCGAAGCAUUAGUUAGAAGUUACGAUUUACAAAAGAAAUUGGAUAAAUUACAGGCGGAUAAAAAAUCAGCUCCUAAACUCACUUCAAAGCCGCCCAAAAGAAGAGCUGGGAAGAAAAAGAAAGGUAAAAAAGACGGCAAGGAAGAUAAAACAGAGGAUAUUUCAUGGACUACGGAAAAAUUUUAUGAGGAAGUGGCAGAAAAAUUUCCCGAAAUGACUUUGUCAACCCUCUUAGCAGCUGAAAAGAAAUUCAUGGAAGCUGAUAAAGACGGAAAUGGGGAAAUUGAUGAAAAAGAACUAGAAACAAUUCUUCAACAAAGUAAUUUGUUAUUUACAAAAUUCCAAAUUAUGGAAAUUAUUCAAUCAAUUGAUGUUGAUGAGUCUAGUACGUUAGACUUCAUGGAGUGUUUAGCGGUCAUUCAUGCAUUGCAACAAAAUCGGAAGACUGCUUUGCCCCAAUCUAUUCAACAAAAUAAAAGUGUUAUAGAGUUGCUUGAAAAAAAGUACGGCGAGAUAGACAAUCGUACACUCAGACAGCGAGGUUUUAUAUAUUUUUUGCAGACAAGAAAAGUUUAUUAA